AUUUAGUAGUACAAUCCACAGUUUCACUGUUUGUAUUUUGCGCGCGUCUGUUGGGAAUUUUGGAGACAACAGUUUUUUCGUUGCUAAUGUGUGUGCCAAAUUAUCUUUCCUUGAAGCUAUGUAGCCAUUAGUGUGGAGCACUCGACACGGAAAAUCUAGGAAUUUGUUUGUAGUACGCUAUUGGGAAACGUCUUCUCUUAAAUGAAAAACAGGAAGUGCCUGCAUUGUCAGGUCUUUGGAAAGAUUUGAAGAGUAAUGCUUUAAAAGCUGAGACAGAUGGCUGGCAAACGAAGUAGAAAAGAUGUUAAAAAUACCAGACAGAAAAGGUUGGAAAACAUUGUGGAAGAUAAGGAGCUUAGGUCUCUGGCAUCAGCUAGCAAGGUUAUGCCAACUCAGGAUUACUGCACCAAGCCAUCUUCUCAUAGUAGAAAACGUUUUCUUCUUAACCCUGACAUUUCCAGCAUUUUGAAGGAGGAUGACACUGUACAAGAUGAAAAUUAUUCCUGUUAUGAGCAUCCAUUACAUAGCACAGCAGUCUCUAUUGCUGAAAGUUCAGAAGAUAGUGAAGAAAAAAAUCUAAAUGAGGACAAAAACACAAAGAAGCAAGAUAGAUCACACACAUCCGAAGCCUCAGAAGAGAAGAAGAAAAAGUCACAAAGCUCUGAAAAUAUUACAUCACAUCCGAACAUUGUCAGAUCUUUUCCAGAGGAAGCUGUUCUCCAGACUCAGAAAGGAAAGAAGAGGAAGAAAUCUCCACAGGUUAUAGAACUGGAGUCUUCAGAAGCUGAAGGUUGUUCCAGUACAAAGACAUCCCAUCCUGAGCAUUUACGUUAUUCUUCAAAGAGACUCACUGGUCUGGAAGUCAUACUGAGAGAAUUUGAAAAAAUUGCCACUGAGUACAAGGAGACCAUGGGUUUGGAUGUUUGUAAUAAUGCUAUUGAAAAAUUGACCAUUCAUUUCAAAGAACAGCUGACUGAAACUGUGUCGCAAGUACAUGAUUUAAAGAACUUGGAAAAAAAGAACAGACAGGUCAUUGCAGCUAUUACCAAAAAGAGCAAAGAAUUAGUGGAAAUGAAAGGUGAACAACUCAAGUGA